AUGGCUGAGCUGAAGCUGUUCUGCAUUACAGUGAAAGGUCUCUCUGAUCCUUUGGUUGUUCCUCUGGGAGGUUCAGUGGUUUUGCCUUGUUAUGUCGACAAACCCUUAAGAAUGGAGGAUCUGGAGGUGGAAUGGAGAAGAUCAGACUCAGAGACUCUGAUUCAUCUGUAUCAAGAUGGUGAGAGUCGACCAGAGGUCCAGCAGCAGGAUUAUCAUGAUAGAGCUCAUUUCUUUACUGACCAGAUUCAACAUGGAAACUUCUCCCUCCUGUUGAACAAUGUGACAGCUGAAGAUGAGGGAAAGUACAGAUGUAAAGUUUUCAGUGGGCAGGAUUCUGGUGAAACUGUGGUCGAAAUAAAACAUGUUGAGCGUUUGAUAGUCUCGGGAUCAGAUCACUCCAUAUCUGCUUAUCGCGGUGAAGACGUCACUCUGAACUGCUCUGUGGACUCUCACAUCACACCUGAAGAGAUUGAAGAGCUUUCAUGGAAGAAAACAGAUAAAGAUGGAGAUACUCUGGUCCUGCUCUACCAAAACAAUGAACCUUUACCCGAAUCAUCACAUGAGCAAUACAUAGACAGAGUUGAGUUCUUCACUGAUGAAAUCUCCAAAGGAAACUUCUCUCUCAGACUGAAGAGUGUCAGAACUGAAGAUAAAGGAGUUUAUAUGUGUCAAGUGUUUGCUGGAGGAGUUUCAGCCAACACAACUGUAGAACUGGAACAACUGGGUUUGUCUGUUUUACACAUAAUGGUGUUGAUUCUCUGUAUCACUGCUGCUGGAGCUGCACUUGUGCUCUGUUUAAUCUACUUCACAUCACAGAAAAAAGAUUCAGUCCUCCGUCUUCAUGUGUUUCUGGCCUUCUGUCCAAAUAUCAUCAUGUUUUGUGCUUUUGUCCUCUGGGGUGUUUCUGAAGGAUCUGUGAAUGAGACAGUCUUGUGUUGUGUUCUUUAUUUACUGAGACCUCUAAUGUUGCUCUGGGCCAAUCCAGAUAUUAAAGUCUUCACAGGGAAAAUUUACACAUUUAUUAAUGAUUGGAGUUAUGAUUCAGAAUAUUUUAUAUUCUCAACUGUUGUUUAUUCAGUCACUUCAUCAGUUGUUGAACUGAUGCUGGAGAUUCGACGGCAUCUUCAUCACACACAAUCACGUCACACGAUCUGUUCAUUGUUUGUGAGAUCACAGAUUGGGGUGAAACUGUCGUGUCUGUGUUGUGAUUUCUGCUCGUACAGCAGCUGA